AAAAAAUAUUCUAAAAAUGAGUACUUCCAAAGAAGACCACAAAUCAAAAUUCGAGGCAAGUAUCUCUUCAACCCCUUCCGAAAGCCUCGAACCCCAACUCCUCGACACCCACACCUUAGCCUUCAUAAACCGAACAAACAGCAAGUACCUCACCCCCGAUUUCCUCAAACAAAAAGAACGAAUCCUCAACAAAAUCCCUCCAAACAAAGAAAUUGCCGAAUACCACGGCCUUGUCUCCAGAGUCUUCCUCACAGCCGAAGACACUGCCAAGCUGCGUGAAACUCAGUCUUUACUACGUACAAAGACUGAGUCCAUUGUGCUCCCUGAUGGCAAGGAAUGCCCUUGCUGCAAGCACAAGUUAAUAAAAGAUGUCAAAGAGUUGCAAAGAUUCUCAUUUUGGACAUCUGCUGAGACCUUCAGGAUCUUUGGAACUGGGGUCCCUAUGUACUUCUACUUUAUGAUAUUUCUUAUUAUCCUGCUCUUCUUAAUCUCUAUGAUAGUUUCCAUACCAACAAUUACACUCAACAUCAUUGAAGACAAUAAAGAUGAGCUUGGUGUGCGCUCUCCUUCCUUCUUGGUGUACACCUCCAUUGGUAACCAUGGAAUAACCUCUUCCGGUUUCAACAAAUCGUCUUCAAUAAACACCAUAAUAAUCCUCAACAUGAUCGGUACCUUCAUAAUCUUCCUCGGGUACCGCAUCUACAGAUGCAUGAGUCUGAGGUUCGCCUCUCGAAUAGACGAAGAGACCAUCACUCCUAGCGACUUCACCGUAUUCGCAACUAAUAUCGACAGGGACACCACCAAAGAAGAUAUCAUCCAGUAUUUACAGAGAGAGCACCAAGCAGAAGGGAUUAAUAAUGUGAUCUUGUGCUAUGAUAUUGAGAAACCAGUCAAAAUACUGAGGAAGAAGUUUAGAAAGAGGAGAGCUGAACAAAUGAAGAUUCAAACUUUGAAAGCAAAUUAUAAGAGAAUGCACAAAGAAAGACUGAUAGAAGAAGGAAAAGAAAUCAAAGAUAGUGAAAAUUUGUCAAAUGAUGACGACUCCUUGAAUACAAUUGACGUUCAAGUUGUUGAAAAUGCAAAUACCUAAAAGGUUCCUCUGCUUAAGAUGUAGGAAGAAAACACUAAAACAUAGA